GACUGUUCGGCACCGCCGAUCCCCGUAGAGGAAGCUACGCUCCGGCCGCUCUUCCCCUCUUGUCUCUCUGCCACUGGAGGACCUCAGGGGGCCCCGGGACUGCGAGGCCGCGAGAGGCGCCCGGAGGAAGCCCGGAGAUGGACUCCGUGGCCUUUGAGGAUGUGGCUGUGAACUUCACCAAAGAGGAGUGGGCUUUGCUGGAUCUUUCCCAGAAGGCACUCUACAGAGAUGUGAUGCAGGAAACCUUCAUUAACUUGGCUUCUAUAGGGGAAAAUUGGAAUGACCACAACAGUGAAGAUAAGCAGAAAAACCAGGGGAGAAAUCUAAGAGGUCAUAUGGUAGAGAGACUUUGUGAAAAGAAAGAAGGUCAAUUUAGGGAAACCAUCAGCCAGGUUCCAGAUCUUAAACGGAACAAGAAAGCUCUUCCUGGAGUAAAACCCUAUGAGUGUAGUGUGUGUGGAAAAGUCUAUAUGUGUCACUCAUCUCUUAAUAGGCAUAUGAAGUCUCAUAAUGAAUGCAAACCUUAUGAGUGCCACAAAUAUGGAGAGAAGUUGUAUGAAUGUAAGGAAUGUGGGAAAACAUUCAGCUUUCGAAGUUCAUUUCGAAUACAUGAAAGGACUCACACUGGAGAGAAGCCCUAUAAAUGUAAGGAAUGUGGGAAAGCUUUCAGUUGGCCCAGUUCUUUCCAGAUCCAUGAAAGAACUCACACUGGAGAGAAACCAUAUGAAUGUAAGGAGUGUGGCAAAGCCUUCAUUUAUCACACAACCUUUCGAGGACACAUGAGAAUGCACACAGGAGAGAAACCAUAUAAAUGUAAAGAAUGUGGGAAAACCUUCAGUCAUCCGAGUUCAUUUCGAAACCAUGAAAGAACUCACUCUGGAGAGAAACCCUAUGAAUGUAAACAAUGUGGAAAAGCCUUUAGAUAUUACCAAACUUUUCAAAUACAUGAAAGGACUCACACUGGAGAAAAACCCUAUCAGUGUAAGCAGUGUGGUAAAGCUCUCAGUUGUCCCACAUCUUUUCGAAGUCAUGAAAGAAUUCAUACUGGUGAAAAACCUUAUAAAUGUAGAAAAUGUGGCAAAGCCUUCAGUUUUCCCAGUUCUUUUCGAAAGCACGAAAGAAUUCAUACUGGGGAGAAACCUUACGAUUGCAAGGAAUGUGGGAAAGCAUUCAUUUCUCUUCCAAGCUACAGAAGACACAUGAUUAUGCAUACUGGAAAUGGGCCUUAUAAGUGUAAAGAAUGUGGCAAAGCCUUUGAUUGUCCCAGUUCGUUUCAGAUUCAUGAGAGAACUCACACUGGAGAGAAGCCCUAUGAAUGUAAGCAAUGUGGGAAAGCUUUCAGUUGUUCCAGCUCUUUUCGAAUGCAUGAAAGGACUCACACUGGUGAGAAACCUCAUGAAUGUAAACAAUGUGGUAAGGCCUUCAGUUGUUCCAGUUCUGUUAGAAUCCAUGAAAGGACUCACACUGGAGAGAAGCCUUAUGAGUGUAAACAGUGUGGGAAAGCCUUCAGUUGUUCCAGCUCUUUUCGAAUGCAUGAAAGAAUUCACACUGGAGAGAAACCCUAUGAAUGUAAACAGUGUGGGAAAGCCUUCAGUUUUUCCAGUUCAUUUCGAAUGCAUGAAAGAACGCACACUGGAGAGAAACCUUAUGAAUGUAUGAAAGGACUCUUGCUGUAG